UGGCCGCUGGAGGAAGCGUUCGGGUUGGCGGGUCAGGGGAUUGCUUCCGGGAGAAGGAGCUUGGGCAUGGCGGCGUUUGUGGGGAGAGACAGCUGCGGCCGGGGCUCUUCUUAGCCUCUGAGGGGAUUGGGGAGAAGGAGGAGGGAGAGGCCCACCGAUGGCCCGAAGCGGUUGAGCUGGACGGCCAUGGGGAACGCGCUGCCCCUUCGGCCGGGCUCCCUGAGGGGCGCCCCCAGGAAGGAGGAGCCCCGGGGCAACCCGGGAAGCUUCGACGAGCUCCACCGCAAGUGCAAAGAAGUCUUCCCGCAACAGAUGGAAGGAGUCAAACUCAUUGUAAACAAAUCCUUCAGUAGCCAUUUUCAGGUGACCCACACUAUCCAUAUGAGCACAAUUGGCCAGUCGAGUUACCACUUCAGUGCAACGUAUGUCGGGGACCAGCAGCUAGGCCCAACGGAGGUGAGUGAAGGAUAGAAUGGAGAAGGAGGAAACUGGGAGUUGCAGUAUUAAUUCCUGAGGAUGAUUUGUGUCACCUUUGCUUACUAGAGGAAAUGUGCCUGGUGAUGCACUUGUGAAUGCCCAGAUCAUAUAUAAUGCCUCCCGGCUUUU